GUGCUAGCUUUGCUCUGAGAAAAACAGCAGCUGAUAAUCAAUCUGAAUUUCCAGCCGAAGUUCUUCAAACAGUAAAGGAGAACUUUUAUGUGGAUGAUUGUUUGAAGAGCAUGCCCUCUGAUGAAGAAGCUGCCUUUAUGGUCAAAAAUUUAAUUACUCUCUGUCAGGCAGGAGGAUUCACUCUGAUGAAAUGGAUUAGUAACAGUCGCACCACCCUGCAGACUAUUCCAGAGGAAUACAGAGCUAAAGAUCUGACUGAACUGAAUCUGGAUAGAGACAAACUUCCUCUUGAGAGAGCUCUUGGCUUGCAAUGGUGCGUUGAGAGUGAUUCGUUCAAGUUCAAAAUGGAGAUCCAGCAGAGGCCAGUCACCAGGAGAGGAAUGUUGUCAGUGGCUAGUUCGGUGUACGAUCCUCUUGGCUUUGUUGCACCUGUGGUGUUGCCUGCCAAAAUCAUGCUACAAGAACUUUGCAGAAGAAAUUAUGGAUGGGAUAAGACUGUGCCACAAGACAUCUUGCAACGGUGGUUCAGGUGGUUGGAGGAAUUGGAUAUGCUGUCUGAGUUUAAGGUUGAUCGGUGUAUUAAGCCCAAGGGCUUUGGACAAUCAAGACAUGCUCAGCUGCAUCACUUUGCAGAUGCCAGUGAAACAGGAUAUGGUGCAGUCACAUAUCUCAGGAUGCUGAAUGAAGGAAAUGAUAUUCAUGUUGCAUUCCUGAUGGGCAAGGCCAGGGUUACACCUUUAAAGACUGUUACUAUUCCUCGCCUGGAGCUGACUGCUGCUGUGCUUGCCAUUCGUGUUGAUCUGCUGUUGAAGGCUGAGCUGAGAUUCCAGUUGCAGCAGUCCAUUUUUUGGACCGACAGUACGUCUGUGUUGAAGUAUAUAAAAAACGAGGAUAAACGUUUUCAUACAUUUGUGGCCAACAGGGUUUCGACUAUAAGAGGAGCCACUAAAACUUCACAAUGGCGAUACAUCAGUUCCAAGGAAAAUCCAGCGGAUGAGGCAUCCAGAGGAGUGAGGGCUGGAGACUUUAUUCAUGGCCGUAGGUGGAUAGAGGGUCCAAGUUUUUUGCGUAAACCAGAAGCUAACUGGACAACAAAUGUGGUAGAAACUAUCAUGGAACCAGAUGAUCAGGAGGUCAAGAAGGAAGUCACAGUAAAUGUUGUGGCUGUGGAUGGCCUACCUGAUGCCACAAACCGGUUACUGACUUACUUCUCAAGUUAG